GGGAGGGAGGGAAGCAGGGAAGCAGGGAAGGGAAGGAUCGAGGGCUGCCGAUCGCUCGUCCCGGCCGCCCGCGGCUCCUCGGUGGCCCAGCCCGGCCCCGCGGGACAUGUCCCUGCCGCGCGCCCUGCACGGUUAGCUCCUCCCGAGCUUCCUGCGCGCGCCGCCCGCACCUGGCAGCCGCCUUGGAGCCCCGGCCGGGCCGUGCGCGCUGCGCCGCGCCGAUCGCGCCAGCCAUGGGGCUGCAGCCCCUGGAGUUCAGCGACUGCUACCUCGACAGCCCGUGGUUCCGGGAGAGGAUCCGCGCGCACGAGGCGGAGCUGGAGAGGACCAACAAGUUCAUCAAAGAGCUCAUCAAGGACGGGAAGAACCUCAUCGCGGCCACCAAAAGUCUCUCGGCAGCCCAGCGGAAGUUUGCCCACUCACUUAGAGACUUUAAAUUCGAGUUUAUUGGUGAUGCUGAGACCGACGAUGAACGCUGCAUAGAUGCUUCCUUACGGGAGUUUUCCAAUUUUUUGAAGAAUCUGGAAGAACAGAGAGAAAUUAUGGCAUUAAGUGUAACCGAAACCCUGAUUAAACCCUUGGAAAAAUUCAGGAAAGAGCAACUUGGAGCUGUCAAGGAAGAAAAAAAGAAGUUCGACAAAGAGACAGAAAAGAAUUACAGCCUCAUUGAUAAACAUUUGAAUCUAUCAGCCAAAAAGAAAGACUCACAUUUGCAAGAGGCAGAUCUCCAAGUGGAGCAAAACCGGCAGCACUUCUAUGAACUGUCUCUUGAGUAUGUAUGUAAACUUCAGGAAAUCCAAGAGAGAAAGAAGUUUGAGUUUGUGGAACCUAUGCUGUCAUUUUUUCAGGGAAUGUUUACUUUCUAUCAUCAGGGUCAUGAACUUUCCAAAGACUUCAAUCACUACAAAAUGGAACUACAGAUCAACAUUCAGAAUACACGGAAUCGAUUUGAAGGAACACGGUCUGAAGUGGAAGAACUUAUGAACAAAAUCAGGCAGAACCCCAAGGACCAUAAGCGAGUCAGUCAGUUUACAGCAGAAGGCUACCUGUAUGUGCAGGAGAAAAGGCCUGCUCCAUUUGGUUCCAGCUGGGUCAAACACUACUGCAUGUUUCGGAAAGCAGCCCAAAAGUUCAACAUGAUCCCGUUUGAGCACAGAUCUGGGGGGAAACUUGGGGAUGGAGAGGUGUUCUUUCUGAAAGAAUGCACCAAAAGGCACACUGACUCCAUUGACAGAAGGUUUUGUUUCGACAUUGAAGCUGCUGACCGGCCUGGCGUUUCCCUGACCGUGCAGGCGUUUUCAGAAGAGGAAAGGAAACAGUGGUUGGAAGCUCUGGGGGGAAAAGAAGCUCUGUUCCAUAGUUUUAAUAGAGCCAUCAUCCCAAGACCGGAAGGAAGUGCACAGCUGGAUCAGACAGGAUUCACAAUUCUCAGAAAAUGUAUCAGUGCAGUGGAAACACGAGGUAUAAAUGACCAAGGAUUGUACAGAGUUGUGGGGGUGAGUUCAAAGGUCCAGAGACUUCUGAGUGUGUUGAUGGAUGUAAAAACAUGCAAUGAGCUGGACCUGGAGAAUUCUGUGGAUUGGGAAGUGAAGACAAUAACAAGUGCCCUGAAACAGUAUUUAAGGAGUCUUCCUGAGCCUCUCAUGACCUACGAGUUACAUGGAGAGUUCAUUGUUCCAGUCAAAAGUGGCAGCCCAGAGUCUCGAGUUAAUGCUAUCCAUUUCUUGGUGCACAAACUUCCAGAGAAAAAUAAAGAGAUGUUGGACAUUUUGGUGAAACACUUGACAAAUGUUUCAAAUCACUCAAAGCAGAAUCUAAUGACUGUGGCCAAUUUGGGAGUGGUGUUUGGACCAACUCUGAUGAGGCCCCAGGAGGAAACUGUUGCUGCCAUCAUGGACUUGAAGUUUCAGAACAUUGUUGUGGAGAUCUUGAUCGAAAACCAUGAGAAGAUUUUUCGGACCUUACCUGAUACCACAUUCCCUGAGCCCACCUGCCUGUCAACAUCACCCCCAAAUGCUCCGCCCAGGCAGUCAAAGAGACAAGGCCAGAGGACAAAGAGACCAGUGGCUGUGUAUAACCUUUGUCUUGAGCUGGAAGACGGUGAUAGUCCCAACCCUCCCAAGGAGGACACCCCCACCAGCAGUCAGGAUUCACUUUCCUCCCCAUCUCCAACAAGUGCUGCCUGGGGGCCUCCUGGACCAGAUAGAAACCACCUUCCAGCGGAUGGAGGGAGCUGGGCAUCCACUACGCUAAGCCAGACCCGACCAUCUAUGGUCCAGUGGCUUAAUCUUCAGUCUCCGAGCACACCAAGCUCCAACCCAGCUGUUACCCCUCCUUCACCCAGGUCACCACCUUUCCCCUUCUCUCCUGCUGCCUCCAUCGUAGACGAGCUGCCUGAAAGCCUUAUCAACCGCAAGGCCCGAGCAGUGUAUCCCUGUGAGGCAGAACACAGCUCGGAAUUAUCUUUUGAAAUUGGAGCAAUUUUUGAGGAUGGUAAGUGGCAUUGGGAGCCUCGUGGUGGGAUAUGUUCUGUCACCCCAGGACACCUUCGAUGGAGCAUGCUGUCACUGGUUGCAACCACACUCUGAAACUUCAGAGAAGAAGAGCUGACCUAUUUGCCUGAUCCAGGGGCUAUGCUGGUGGCUAGGCUAUGGUUUUUGCUUUUGCCUUGCUUGCUCUCUUCAUCCAGGUCAUUUCUCCUGAUGGAAAGAAGUCAGUACCACUUGGAGUUAAGAAAUAUUUCUGAAUCACACCCUUUGAUUUUUCAGUUCUCCAAAUUCCCUAAGCAAGCCCCCUAAGUGCUUCAGGUUUACAAAUCUGUAUUCUUAGAGGAGAGCCCUAAGCUUAAAACAUUCUGAGUCUUAUCCCCUAACCACUCCAUGUUUUCCUCUUUGCCAACGUCAACAGUGUGUGUGAAGCUUCACUUGUGGGUAUUGACUGCCUAUUGAAACACGGUGGGGAUCUUUUGAGUGUGUAAUAUUCACACACAGACCUUUAGGAGCUAUGCCUGGCUUAGUAUUUCACAAAUUGCUCCUGUGGCUUAGUGCAUGUGUUUUCUUCCCCUCGCUCUUGAUUUCUUCCCUCCCUAGUCCCGCUCAUUAUGAAAUUCAUUGGUUGCUGUGGAAACAGUGAUGUGGGGUGUGUGGGUGGAGCUUCCCACAAGAGUUGUGGGGGAGCAGAGGGAAGCUUGGGUGGGAAUGGCUGAUGCCUUAGAAUGUUUGGAGUCUGGAAUACGUCAACACAGGGCAUAAUGGUGUGUUGUCAGCAAAGCAGCAUUUGCUGGGGAUUUUCUUUUAGAAAGGACUUGUUUCAUGUAGAAGAGAUUUCUAUAAGUGUGUGGUACACACUUCUGAGAGCCAGAGAUUCCCAGUAGCAUCAGAAAACAAACAACAGCACUCCAUAUACAACAGAAUUACUUUGUGGGGAGUUUUUGGUCUUGAAGUGAAGCAGGAUUCCUCUGUCAUGCAUCCAUUCAGCAUUGUCAGGAGACCGUGGUCACCCUGCCACCCUACUUCAGGCCUGUCACAGGUGGGUCCAGCAGACGGCAGAAGGAAAACCUGAGAUGGUUGUAGUGAGACUCACCCAUUCAAGAAAUGGUGAUACACUUUUGAACUCCCCUGUGUGGUAUUAUUUGUGAGAUAAUUAGUUUGGUAGAGGGUCAUCAUAAAGGAUGCCUUAGGCUGCAAGUAACAAAAAUGGACCCAGAUGGCUAAAUCAGUCAUGGGUUGGCUUACAGGAUAUUAAGUGUGGAAGCAGGGUGCUCUAGGGUUGGUAAUUAAAUAUGUCAUCAAAGACCAAAGUAUUCCUAGCUCUCUACUGGACGGUUUCAGCUGUGGCCGUGGGCCUCUGGCCAUGGUCCCUGGUAGAGGUAAGAUGGCUACCACAGUUCCAGUUCACACUUGACUCCUGCAAAAGGUGACAUCUCAUCCUUGUGCUCCUCUUUAAUAAUGAGAAACUUUUCCAGAACUUGCUUCACUUGUCCUCACUUCUCAGUGGUCAGAACUGAGUCAAAUGCUCACAGUAAACCCAUCACUCAUAAGGAUUUAGCUCAGGAGAACCACAUCAAGCACAUGACAUCUCCUUUGGUCACACAGCCAUGUUUCUGAGGCUAAACCAAAUCUUGGUCUACUAGCAUAGAUGAAGGCAGAGGCUGGGAGGUGGCUGCCCUAAGAGGCCCAAGUUCUCCAGCUUCCUUAAAGUCCCUCAAUGACUUGCAGGAGUCUUCCUAAAAAGGAGGAGAGAGGGAAAAACACACACAUGUGUGAAUGUGCACAGAGAUACCUAUGUGUAUGUGUGCACACACGUAAUGAUGGCAUCUCCAUGUGGUUUUAAAGGAGGAAGUGUGACAGCAUGUGGCCAUGCAUUAUCAACUCUGCAGUGACUUUGUCUGAGAUCAGACUUUGCCUCUUCAUUUUCUGGUGGCCUGCACAAGUUCCUUAAGUUCUGUAUGCAUCAGGCUCUUCACCGCAGUCUGGAGGAACGUCUGCCCAGAUGGCACGUGGCGCUGCAGGAAGACAGGGUCUGAGUGUCCCAUAGACUUUAGUGGGGCAUGUGGCUGACUGUCACACCACACUGGCACAUGGUAGUAUGGCUGUUUUCAGCCAAGUCAUGUCCCUUAGAGACUAGGCGCCCUGUGGCGCUGGUGUCCAGCUCUGUCUAGACUUGCUGGCUGGUAAUUGCUUUCCCUCCCCCAAGGCUCUGUAAUCCAAAAAUGCCUCAUUGGUGUGUUGAUGCCUUCUCCCUACCCAAAUACACGAACGUCUCAUUGUCUGCGAGCUGUGUGUCUCUCAGCUGCCUCCCUGGUUCUUUCGUGUGGUGCACAUGAGCUCAGUAGAAGGCAUUCAGAGUUGGCACUGUGACCCAUGCUGUUCCUUAGAGACAGUUCUUAAAGGGCACCCACUGUAAGUUAGUCAAAGGUCCGUAAGCAGGGAGCAUUCUUUUGUGUGUUUGCACCUUCAUCGUCUUUCAACUAGUUAAAAGCCUGUGCUUGCUCACAACAUGGCUGGCAAAGCCCUUCCUGGAAUGACUAUGGGGUCUUCCCUUUUGAUGACUGACAUGGAGCAAGACAGGCAGGUCCUAUGCUUGAUCCUAUGACCUUGGCUUCUGUGGAGCUGGGCAGUACUCCAAGUGGCCACUAUUUACAGCUCAGCCUGUAGGAAUGUCACCAGAGACACUCCCUUUCUGCAGACCAGUGACACUUAGUGUCCCCAAAACACCCAAGACAUUUUUUCUGUGGUCACUUAUCCAUUGGGAAUCUUCCAGCAUUUCCACAUGAUCCUGCAGUGCAAUGAAGGAAACUAGUGUCUGACAUUCAGUGGCCUUUGGAGGAAACAAAAUCCAGGUCAGAGUGACCCAUUGGCUGCACCACCAAUAGUUACAUGGUUUGUGGUAUGCACAACGGUGAGAAACCCUAAACCAGAGUGUGGAAGGGAAAGGGGCCGCUCUGGAACUGUUCUGUGCUCUUUGCUCUCACUCAGGGCCUGGACUUAAGUCAUGACUUCAGAUUCUUGGCUGCAGAUUUGUUUCUGUAGUUCUGGGAAAUGCCUUCCAUAAUCUACUGUAUUUGUAUUAGCUCAGGGCAGCUGAUGCUCCUGUCACUGCCAGAGGGACCUUCCUUGCUUUUCUCUGGGCCUGGGGUAUCUCAGGAAUACAUUUUACUGAUAGCCCUGCAGCUGCCAAACUCUACUCAGGUGGGAAGUGGUUGCUUCCCAAGGGCUGCCUAGCUGUGGGCGCUGGAUCUCAGAGCAAGCCCACUCUCGUUGGUGAGGCACGGUUCCUGCCGGGCCAGGUCCUGUGUUGGCUUGCACAUGGAGACGUUAUGUCUCCAUUGCUUGGGGAGUUGGAGUGACCCAGAUUAAUCCUUAAAAGCCUCUGGUGAUUAAAAUUUAAAGGUCUCAAAUACACAGAAUAAUCCUUGAAAAACAAUUUGGUGUUAUGGUAGAAAGUUGAUCAUACAUAGACCUCACAACCCAGUGAUUUUAUUUCUAGAUAUAUUCCUAAAAAGGGGAUCGCAGAAAAAAAAAUCAAGUGCCAGAUAACUCUACAGUAUGUGAUCUUUGUUAAGCUCAGAAACAGGUAAAAAUAAAUAGUAUAUGAUUUGGGAUAUGGACUUGUAUUUUAACCGUAGCUGGGGUAAGAGAAAGAGAAACAAAUAUUUGAUCUCCCGGGCCAGGAAAAGUUCUGUGCCCAUUGACCCAAACCUCCAUGGGCGUCAUGUUGCAGUUCCUACAUUGAACAUGGGUUCCUGGCAUUCAUUGUAUUUGAUGAAGCCUCAAUGUCUUAAAUAUUUUCACUUUCAUCGUUUAUAUUAUGCUAAAAACAAAGCCAAAAAAUCUUGAGUCUAGAUUCUGUGCUGGAGAUAACUUCUCGCAAAUUAUUGUUACAACUCCAGGGUCCCUUUUGUUAUGGGAUGGGCAAUCUUGGGAUGAAGUGGCAAACCAUAGUGAGCUGCCACUUCACACCCAUUAGGAUGGCUGUUAGUAAAAGAGAAAUAAAGAUAGGAUAAUUGGUGAGGAUGUGGGGAGAUGGGAACCCUGUGCACUGCUGUUGGGAAUUAAAAUGGCAUAGCCACUGUGGAAGGCAGAAUGGAGACUCUUCAAAAAAUUAAUCAUGGAAUCACUAGAUGAUCCAGCAACCCAUUUUUGGAUAUAUACUCAAAAGAAGUGAAAGCUGGGGUUCUAACAGAUAUCUGUACCUCCAUGUUCACAGUAGCAGGGUUCGCAAUAGCCCAAAAGGUGGAAAGUAGCCCAAAAAGUAGUUUCUAAAAGUGGAAACACCCCAAUGUGUGUAAGAAGAUACAUGGAUGAAUAGAAUGUGGUGUAUACACACAAAGGAAUAGUAUUCAGCCAUCAAAUGAAAGAAAUUCUGACACAUGUACAGCAAGGGUGAACCUUAAAGACAUGCCCAAUCUUGAAGGGCCAUCUAUCAUG